ACACAGGUGUGCAUCAUAUACUCUCAAAAAUUGACUCCUACUCAAGAAAAUUGGAAAUUUCGGAGCCUUUUGUUCAGGUUUUAAUAACGGACGAAAACACGGGGACUUCUACUGGUUCUAAUGCGAAGGAUUACGCAACUGCAUUGUACAAUAAUAUACUAGCUUCUGCAGAUUCAAUCGGAGUUUCCGAAAUCACAAUGACGUCAUCAGGAGAAGGGAUUUCCCCGCAGACGGGAAUGCAAAGCGGGGAAAUUGCUGGACUCGUCAUAGGGUUACUGAUUGCUAUAAUAUUGGUCGCCGUUUUGGUGAUUUAUAUUCGUAAAAGAACAUCAUCAUAUUCACUUCGAUUCAGUCCAUUCCCGAAGAAGAGCAACGACAAUUAUGGAAAUCCUCUGUUUGACAUCGACAUGAAUGAGAAAACCCAACAAAGCACCGAGAACCCCCCGCUUAGUACCAUGAGCUCGGCUAUUACGGGACUACCAGCUUCGGGAACUCUACAAAGUUUCGCCUCAACUUUUGAUAACCCAAUGUAUGAGGAGGAAGACGUGUAAAAAUCACGAUUUCAAAAAGAUUUUUCACUUACGUGCAAAAAUGUAUUUCGAGUAAUUUAUGUAUAAAAUUAACCUAUACAUUAGUUUAAAUUGUUUAAGUUCUUAAUCCGAAAUGUUUGAGAUGAAAACUUUAUCAUAUGCAUAGACUCUUAAAUUUGAAUUGAUAUUUUUCUAACUGUAAUGGCCUGACUUAUGCAGUUAGUAAUUCAAAUUUUAAAUCGUGACUUGAGACCAUUUCAUUCAACUUUCUCGUUCCAUUUGCUAAUAAACAAACAAUAUUUAAAAAUAAAUAAACUGUAUCCUUAUAAUUCCCAUAGACCGUAGUUAGUUGUUUAAAACAGG